UACAUAGAUUUAACCUUAUAUAUCGGAGGUAUGGUAUUGGAGAAAAUGUAAGGUUAACCUUUCUCACCGCAAGUGCGUGAAUAAAUAUACUUUUUCUUUGUUUAAUUAGUAUAAGUUGAAAUGAGUAACGCGAAAGAAAAUUCUACGAUACCGGCAAAAAAUACGGUAACUGUUAAUACGAAAGCUCAUGGAAAAAUCGUGCUAACACUUCAAAAUUGUCUUUUACCUGAUGAAAAACUAAACUCGACGCCGUCGCAUUUAGACGGAUUGGAUGCAGAAACUGAAACCGAUCUAAGGAUAUUAGGAUGCGAAUUGAUACAGACUGCUGGUAUUUUACUAAAACUACCCCAGGUCGCAAUGGCUACAGGACAAGUAAUAUUUCAACGAUUUUAUUACAGUAAAUCGUUAGUUAGACAUAAUAUGGAAACAACUGCAAUGGGUUGUAUUUGUUUAGCUAGUAAAAUCGAAGAAGCCCCAAGACGUAUCAGGGAUGUUAUCAAUGUGUUUAAUCAUAUAAAACAAGUUUCCAGUCAAAAACCAAUACAACCCGUAAUACUUGAUCAAAAUUAUGUAGCCCUGAAGAAUCAAGUAAUUAAAUCUGAAAGGAGAGUCUUAAAGGAGUUAGGUUUCUGCGUCCAUGUAAAACACCCUCAUAAAAUUAUUGUUAUGUAUUUACAAGUACUGGGACAUGAAAAAAAUCAGGCUUUAAUGCAACAAUGUUGGAAUUAUAUGAAUGAUUCUUUAAGGUCUGAUGUUUUCUUAAGACAUCAACCAGAAACUGUUGCUUGUGCAUGUGUAUAUUUGGGAGCAAGGCAGCUGCAAUUACCUUUACCUACUUCACCUGCUUGGUUUUCUCUUUUUAAAGUUAAUGAAUCUGCUAUUAGAGAUGUUUGCCGUCGUAUAUUACGGCUUUAUUUCCGACCCCGUGUUAAACCGGAACAGUUAGAGAAACGAGUAGAAGAACUUCGUCGACAAUACGAGGAAGCAAGAACCAAAGCAAGAAGUGGGGAUGUAGAUAGCCACACACCUAGCCCACCACUGCCUAAACAUCAUAAUGCCUGGGGUGGAUUCAUUAGCCGCAGUGGUACGCAUGCUGUACCAGAAAGAACAAAAUCACCUAGGCGAUCAAAAUCACCUAGUACUUCACCAUCUAGAGGUGAAGGAACAAAGCAUUCCAAGAGAAAGAAACAUAGUAGAAGCAGAUCUCGCAGUCAUAGUCAUGGACGAUCUCGAAAACCGAAAAAGGCCCAACGAAGACGAUCUGGCAGUCAUAAAUCAUCACGUAGUCGUUACAGAUCGCGUAGUCGAUCUCGAGAUAGAGAUGUAGAAAAAUCAAGUAAACACCGCAGUAAACACAGACGACAUUGAAUGUAUGAGAAGAUCAUCAUGUAUAUUACAAAAAGGAAUAUUGCACUUACGUGAAUAAGUUAUAUUCAAUUUGUAAUAUAA